AAUGCUUCCAUGGAGCAUUCUAGCAUUUAGUAUGUCUUGGGUUAAAUCUUUUGGGUAUCCUUCCACAAGCUUCCUGCAGUAUAUGCAGGGGUUUCAGCCCGUUGCUCCUGAAAGAACUGGUGAAAUUGAGCCCGGUUGGUAGGCUGCCUUGCUUUAUACAUGACUUCUUCAUGGGUAUCAAUACUUUUUUUUUUGUAGGUCUGGGAUCCGGUGCUGAGCCUAACUUGGAGAAAAUCCCAACGCAGGCAUGUGGAGAACAUGCAAACACAGGUGGGGCCGGAAUUUGAACCCGGGUCCUCAGAACUAUGAGGCACAUGCGCUAAGCAGUCGGUCACCAUGUCUCCACACAAAUAUACACAACAUGUCAAUUUGUUACGGGAGUAAGAGCCAACACGCCCCUGGCAUUCCUUUUUCGCAGUGACUCAACGCAACCAGAAGACAAAAGCUGAUGAACCACACCCUGUAUUACCCCCUCCCCUUUUCCUAACUCACCUCUUUCUGAGGGGAUAAAACCCUUGCCUCAAAACAGGUUCCCCAGUUUUUCCUCCUGACGCCCAAGAGGUGACUGAAGCCCCUUUGCAAGGAUCCCGGUGACUGAGUGAAGAAGCAUCAACCAAGAAGACGGCAACGAUGGGCAGGAUUCUUAUCGGAGUCAUUUCAGCACUCGCGUGCAUCAUUCUCGCGGAGUCCCUCACGUGCAACCAGUGCUUCUUUGGUGUAGGGGGCCAUUGUUUGACCCCCACCACUGAGGAGUGCUCCACUAACACCUCUCAGUGUUCCACAGGAAAACUGACUUUCGGCUCCAUCUCGUCCUUGGUGGGCUUCAACAAACAGGGUUGCAUCGAGCCACUCUUCUGCAACACGACCACCAACGACACCCUGCUGGGCAUCUCGUACAUGUUCGCAGUGGAGUGCUGCUCCACGGACCGCUGCAACCCGAUCGAGACCAGUGGAGCCCCGUCCGCCAGGAUGACCCUCGCCGUCGCCGUGGGGGCCGCUGUCCUGGCCUCGGCGUGUGGAAGCCUGCUAAUCUGGAGAAAUCACUCCAUGAAAGCCACAAAAAACCUGGACGCAAAUUUCAAAAGCCAGCAUCUGGGGUGGUGUGGGGGUGUGUUCAUACCAAAGGCAUGGAGAAACCUGCAGAGUCGCAUUCUUGCUGAUGUUCCGCCUGACGUAGUCAACCUGUUGGUCGCUCUCCUUGUUGUCAUUCGACUUAAAGUCCUCCGCUCACCUAAGCCAAAUCAUUGUAGUAUCUGUCCAACUUGUGAUUACCGGAGAACGAUGAACAACAAUUGGAAAACGGCAAUUAUCCUGGCUACGACCAUCGCGACUGCCAGCUGCCUGAUCUGCCGUCAGUGCCCCGUCGGUAUCUUCAAUUUAUGUUUGUUUGGCAGUGACGUCACCUGUAACAAUGCAACCCAGAGCUGUUAUCGUGGAAACGCACAGUUCAAUUCUUCCAGAGGGAUCACCCUCCAAAUCCGCGGCUGCCUGGACUCAGACCUGUGCGGGGACGUGCUGACCGGCAACAUUUUCGGGAAUGGUUACACCGCCUCUUUCGAGUGUUGCAACACCAACCGGUGUAACGGCGCCACGUCGGUCCAGCUCUCCCUCACAAUGGCCAUCUGCGCCGGCGUUUUCUUACUGUGGGCCGUGUAGGGCCUCGGAGUGACUUCAUGUGGAGCCCAACAAAGAAUCUACAUUAGAGAAAUGUUUACUAGUUUACUUUGUAACAUUAGUGUUGACGGAAUUCAAAUUUACCAUAUAUACUGUAUAUAAAUAUACACAUUCCAACUACUUCUCUGUGUGGUGCGCAAAAAAAAAAAAAAUACAAGAAUGUGGAUUGAAAUUCCAGUCAAAUAAUAAGCAUAAUAAAUUACAUUGUAAUGAAAAAAAA